AUGGCAUCUCCAGCUGUUACUGGCCCGAUUCUCAAAUUAAACAAUGGCGUUUCAAUGCCAUCCUUGGGAUUCGGCACAUUUGCGAAUGAGGGCAGUAAGGGAGAGACACACAAAGCAGUAAUUGCCGCACUGGAAGCAGGCUACAGACAUCUGGAUUGUGCUUGGUUUUACCAGAACGAGGGCGAGGUCGGAUCGGGCAUGAGAGAGUUUCUAUCGAACAACCCGAACGUGAAAAGAGAGGAUAUCUUUAUCACUACCAAAGUAUGGAAUCAUCUGCACGAGCCGGAAGAUGUGGAAUGGAGCGUGAAGGAUUCCCUAGCGAAGCUGCAAACCCCAUACGUGGACGCGUUUCUGGUACAUUGGCCAAUCGCUACGGAAAAGAAUGAGGAUCAUAGCGUGAAGAUUGGCUCAGAUGGAAAGUAUGUGAUCAAGAAAUCCCUCACCGAGAACCCGGAGCCAACAUGGAGAGCGAUGGAAUCUAUCUACAACCAAGGUCUUGCAAAGUCCAUUGGUGUCUCAAACUGGACCCAGAAGGGCCUUGAAGCACUAUUGCAGUACGCCAAAGUCAAGCCAACCGUCAACCAAAUCGAGAUCCACCCUUUCCUCCCACAAUAUGAUCUUAUCAAAUACUGUCAAUCACAAGACAUCGUCCCGGUUGCAUACUCUCCUCUCGGAUCACAAGAUCAAGUCCCUGGAACUGGUGAGAAGGUAUCUACCAACAAGGAUCUUCUAGCUGUCGCCGAGAAGAAUGGUGUUUCUCUCGCACAGGUGCUGAUUGCUUGGGGGUUGAAGAGAGGAUAUGCUGUUCUACCAAAAUCAUCGAACCCUAGCCGAAUCAAGAGCAACGCCGGUCUGAUCAACUUGAGCGACGAGGAUUUCGCGGCUGUCAACAAGGUUGCUGAGGGUCGCAACACAAGAUUUGUUAACAUGAAAGAUACCUUUGGAUAUAAUGUGUGGCCAGAAGAGGCAUGA